AUUGGAAGUAAUCAGAAAACGCUCAUAGCUCACUGAUCCACAUGCAACGAGCAACAUGAGUGCUGUGCUGAAGCUGCUGCUGCUGUCGGCAGUGACUCUGCUGGUUUCUGCUCAGGGAUCGGAGAAUUAUCAGAACUUAUCUGAAUCAAUAAGAAUACACAUUGACAAGGCACUGGACAAAGCCAAUGAAUACUUUACGAAUCAUUAUGUUGCUUAUGAAAGCCUCUUGUCAGAACCAAAAAUUACAGCUGAUGACUUCUAUGUAAAUGUGCGUCUGAUGGUCACAACAUGCAAGAAGGACAAAGAAAAGGGAUAUGGACAUAGAGUUGAAUGUGUUAAACAAAAACCUAAAACGCCCAGGAUUAACUGUCUUGUAUGUAAGAAAAAAAAUGGUGAAGAACUAAUUGACUGUGUGAGACAAAAGGAUGCUAAGAGUAGGGAGGACAUUCGGAGUAGUUGUCCCACCCACCCACGCUCUUAUCUCCAUGGAGAAGUAACUCUAAUGUCUCAGACAGGUGGGGAUGAUGGGCCGCAGAUUGGAUGUCCUGGAUGUGUCUGACUUUGAUACCCCUGAAGCUGAACACACAAACCUGUUAACACACAAAUUCCAACUUUGAAUGAAAUUUUUAAAAAUGUAGUGAUGAUUGAAUAAAAUCAGCUACUUAUAGACAAAUGGUUAAACUUAUAAAAGAAAUGGAGCAUGUGGUUUCCAGUAAAAAGACACUUACACUUACACACAAGUUUAUUCUGACUUUAUCUAACAAAAACUUUUAACGCAAAGACAGCAAAACUACAUUGUUGUCAUAGAGAAUGAUAUAUUUGAACACAAAGUAUUUACAAAAUAAUUACUGUGCAUUUAUACAUUAUGAGCAUUUGUGACUUAUUUUACAAUUUUUAUCUUAGACAUGAACAUAUGCUUUACCAAAUAGGUAGUUCACAGUACUGCUGAACAGUUUGUCAGGUAACAGAAGUAAAAAUCUCAGUGUGCUUCAACAGGCCCUCUGGGAGGAGAGCUGAGCCUGUUUAGUGAGAGCCUCGAGUCAAAGAACAGUUCCUGAAAAAAUGACUACAGUCUUGAGCGAGUGUGAGGUACAAAUGAAUUUAUUCACUUAAAAUUUUAAUUUACGACUCAAAGUUUUCUUGUUACUGAAAAUGGUGUUUGUCAGUUUCAAUAAAAAUAAUGCUUUAAAGAG